GCAUUUUGGUUUGAAGGUGAGCGCGCACUCACCUGUCGGGAAGUUUCACUUCGACUUUUCCUUUUCUCCAUCUUUCUUUGAUCUAACAUGGCGGAGACGCUUUUACACAACAACCUCCAGGACGCGCGAAGAGACGGAAACCAUUUCAGAAAGGGCUGCAACCCGCUGGCCCAGACGGGCCGCAGCAAACUGCAGAACAAGCGGGCCAGUCUGAACCAGCAGAUCAUCAAGCAGAUGAGGAUGCGGGCCGGCGCCGAGAACCUGUUCAGGGCCACCUCCAACAACAAGGUGAAAGAGAUGGUGCUGCUGGAGCUGAGCUACGUCAACUCCAACCUGCAGCUGCUGAUGGGCCAGCUGGAAGGACUCAACAGCUCGGUGGAAGUCUACCAGAGCAGCCAGGAAACCAACAUUCCGCUCAUCGCCCUGGGUCUGAAGGAGACCAAAGAAGUCGACUUUUCGAUGCCUUUCAAGGAUUACAUUGUUCUGCAUUACAACCAAGAUGGCAGCAGCUUCGAGAACGAGAUCGCCGACCUGAUGGACCUGCGGCAGGCCUGCAGGACGCCAAGUCGCACGGAGGUGGGGGUGGAGCUUCUGGCCAAGUACUUCAACCAUCUUCCUCUGAUGGAGAGUCGCUUCUUCUCGCCCACGCAUCACAGUGGCCUCUUCUUCACCUGGUACGACUCCUUCACAGGUGUUCCCGUGUGCCAACAAAACCUGUCCCUGGAAAAGGCCAGCAUCCUCUUCAACAUUGCCGCCCUGUACUCCCAAAUGGGCACCCGCAGCGACCGGCAGACUUGGCCGGGCCUGAAGGAGGCCAUCUCCGCCUUCCAGAUGUCCGCAGGCAUCCUGAACCACCUGAAGGAGACCUUCACGCACACGCCCAGCUACGACAUGAGCCCCGCCAUGCUGGCCAUGCUCAUCCGCAUCAUGCUGGCUCAGGCCCAGGAGUGUCUCUUCGAGCAGCUGGCUCUGCCCGGCGUCCGCAACGAGGUCCUCACGCUGCUCAGGAUGGCCCAGGAGGCCGCCAAGGUGUCGGAGACCUACGACCACGUCCACCAGUCCAUGAUCCAGACGCCGGUCAAAGACAACGUGCCCUUCUUCUGGUCCACCAUGUCUCAAGUCAAGACCAACCACUACCGCUCCAUGGCGCACUACUUUGUGGCCUCCGCCCUCCUGGACCACCACGUGGGUCCUGCCGAUGAUGAAGACCAGCAGGAGAAGACCUUGUCUCAGGUCUACGACCACCUCCCCGAGGGCCGCUCCCCUCUGGACAUCCUGCAUAGGAGGGCGGAGCGCGAGCGUGUCGGCAGAGCCCACAUUGGGCGCGCCAUCGCGGGCCACGAGGAGGCCCUGAGGAUCUACUGCCUGUGCCACCAUCUCAACAAGCUGGAGGUCCUGCAGGACAUCCUGAGGGCCAGUCACCAGCGCUCGCUGCUCAAGUCCAGUGAACACGAGAGUGGGGAGGAGUUCAGCGACUACUUGACGGCGCCCGACAUCAUCGCUAAGACGGAGCACCAAGCAGAGAUGGAGGUCCCGGCGGUCCUAAAGGUGAAAGUCAGCGACUUUUUCCAGCGGCUGGGGCCUCUGGCGGUCUUCUCCGCCAAGCAGCGCUGGACGCCACCUCGGACGCUGCGCCUCCGCGCCGAGGACCGGGACCUGGGCUUCACGCUGAAGGGAGACGCCCCGGUCCAGGUGGUCUCCUUGGACCCCCUGUGCCCCGCUGCUGCUGACGGGCUGAAGGAGGGCGACUACAUCGUGGCCGUGGGCGACACCCCUUGCAAGUGGAUGAGCGUGGGCGAGGUGAUGCGGCUGCUGAAGGACGCCGACGAGCAGGGCGUGGACGUCCAGGUGGUCAGCGUGCUGGACGGCAACCCCGCCAUGCCUGCCAAGAGCGCCACCUUCUGCGGGAACCUGCCCAAGACCUACUCCAUGAUCUGCCUGGCCUACAACGAGGACCAGAGUCCCAAGUCCCGCAAGGUGAGCAAGAAGUCCUCCUUCCUCAGCUGGGGCCUGAAGAACCGCAUGAAGAGCGCCAGCACCGUCAGUCUGCCCACGGCCCAGCAGUCCUGGAACAAGCCCUGCCAGACCUUCCCCAGCUCCUACAAGGACAGCGCCCUCUACUGAGCAGGAGGUCCACCUCCUACACUCUUCUAUUGACUCACAUUCCAACAUGGGGCCUUGCCACUGUGCUGCUCAAAGUACUCACUGCAGUACUCACCUGUAAUGAAGUACUCGUCUCACCAGUACCACCUUAAAUGAAGUCUCACCAGUACCACCUUGAAUGAAGUACUCUUCUCACCAGUACCACCUUAAAUGAAGUACUCGUCUCACCAGUACCACCUUAAAUGAAGUACUCUUCUCACCUGUACCACCUUAAAUGAAGUACUCUUCUCACCAGUACCACCUUAAAUGAAGUACUCGUCUCACCAGUACCACCUUAAAUGAAGUACUCUUCUCACCAGUACCACCUUAAAUGAAGUACUCUUCUCACCAGUACCAC